AUGUUUAAGAAGGCCAUUCCCCCUGGUCUCAAGUUGUUCGUCUUCCUGCGCCAUCUCGCCACUGGGGCCACCUAUGCCGAGCUGUCUUACAACUUCCGAGUGAGCAAGGAAGCCAUCCAGAAGUUUGUUCCUGAUGUAGCCAGAGCGAUAGUGGAUGAGUAUACUGCAGAAGUCAUCUCCCUCCCACAACCAAUGAAGGCUGGCUUGAGGUUGCAGGUGAUUUUGAAGCCAGAUGGAAUCUUCCUCACUGUCUCGGGAGCCUAUGAUGGAAAAGCACAUCCAUCUCAGAAGCCCAACAAAUCAGGGAGCCUUUACUUCAAACUACAAGCAGUUCUUCUCGGUUGUCCUGAUGGCUCUGGUAGAUUAAAAGUACCAGUUCGUGUGGAUCGAUGUGGAUGGGUUUGGCCAUCAGUCUGA